AUGUCGCCAACUCCUCAGUGGGUUAGAGAUUUGACCUCCUCUGAGCCCCAGGGGAGUGAUCUUCUGGAGAAGGAGAGAAAUAAAUCCAAUAUCUCCGUUGAAACGCUAUCAAAAUUCCUCUUUACAACUGAAGCAUUAACCCGUCGUGAAGAAGUUUUAAAGAUUCUCAGGGCAGAAAAAAUUUUCAAUAAAGCGCAAAACUAUUUUGAUGGACGGGUGGAUAGAUUUAAAACGGCACUGGCAAGAGCGAAGAGAUUACGACAACUACAAGUCAAGCACGAGUGGACUAGAGACCAGCUUAUGGAUGCAUCAUAUCUUAUAAGUGAACCUGGUCCAUACGCACUCCAUGCAACUAUGUUCAUUACCACUCUUCGCGAUCAGGGCACACCAGAGCAGCAUAAACUUUUCCUCGAGCCCGCCCAGAACUACAAAUAUAUUGGCUGCUAUGCCCAGACUGAACUAGGUCAUGGAUCAAACGUCAGAGGGCUAGAAACUACGGCUAAAUGGAACCCCGAAGAUCAAACAUUUACGCUUCACACCCCACAUCUCACGUCUUCUAAAUGGUGGAUAGGCUCCCUGGGAAGAACAGCAAAUUAUGCAGUCGUAAUGGCACAACUGAUAAUCGGGAAAAAGUCAUUCGGUCCUCACCCGUUUGUUUGUCAGAUUAGAGAUUUGGUAACCCAUGAGCCACUUGAGGGCAUUCAUGUUGGAGACAUCGGACCCAAGUUCGGAUAUAACACGAUGGACAACGGAUUUCUUCUUUUCAACAGAGUCAAGAUUCCACAUAUCAAUAUGCUAGCUAAAUAUUCACGUGUCGACCCCAUUUCAAAUAAGUAUGAGCGACCAGCCUCUGCCUCUUUGAUCUACGGAACGCUUACCUGGGUACGAUCAACAAUUGUGUUAGAGUCUGGCGGCGUCCUCGCACGCGGUGUGACUAUUGCACUUAGAUAUUGUGCAGUACGAUGUCAGUUUCAAGAUCGGGAUUCUCCCUCUGAUUCCCUUGGUGAAAAUCAGGUUCUAAAUUACACAAUGGUUCAGUAUAGACUAUUGCCACUUCUUGCUGCAACAUUUGCCUUACACUUUACCGGGAAAACUAUGAUGAAAUUAUACAAUGAUAACCAAAAGAAAUUGAAGGGAAUGGCGACAAGCGCAAAGGAUGAAGGUCGCGGGGCAGGUCCAGAGCAGACUCACUCUGGCAGUGACCUACUUGCUGACCUUCACGCCACUUCUUGUGGCUUGAAGGCGCUGGGUAGCACCGUAGCUGCCGAAGGGCUAGAAGUAGCUCGAAGAGCCUGCGGUGGACAUGGUUACAGCAGUUUCGCUGGAAUAGGUGCAUGGUACGCUGACUACCUACCUACUACAACGUGGGAAGGAGACAAUUAUAUGCUGACCCAACAAGUAGCUCGAUAUCUUCUCAAGACAGCUCGGGCUGUGCUAUCAGGAAGCCCUACUGACAAUGAUACGAGCAGUAUUUUCAAGACAUACUUGGAGAAACGAGACACUGGUGCAGCUCAUGACAUAUUAGUUUCUGAUAGUGACAUUGUUGCAGCGUUUGCAUGGCGAACGGCUUUUCUAACGUUUGAGGCUCUCAAACACAGAGAUAUUGAAAAGAAGUCAUGGAACUCUUUACUGGUAGACUUCUGGCGCCUCAGCACAGCGCACUCGCAAUACCUCGUGGUGAAAAACUUUUAUAAUGCCCUUCAAAGCGACAAGACCGUGGAGGAGCUCGACUCUACUACUCUAGGCGUGCUUAACAAGAUUUUCAGACUCUAUGCACUUGAUACACUAGAGAAAGAGGCUUCAGAAUUUUUUUCGUCAGCCGCUGUCACUAUUAGACAAAUUCAGUUGACAAAAACGAAGGCCGUAAUGCAACUUCUCGAGGAUAUCAGGCCCCAUGCCAUAAGGCUUACUGAUGCUUGGCAAUUCUCAGAUUGGCAACUUGACUCGUCUUUAGGGCGAAAAGAUGGCAAGGCAUACGAAGAUCUCUUCUACAGAGCCAGUGAACUGAACCCUCUCAAUGGCCUAACCGUUGAUCCGUACCCGAACAGCGAAGUGAUUGUUAAGAGAGAUGAAACCUACGAGUUUAAAAGUAAGCUUUAG